UCUGCCACAGUCAUCUCGAAUGCAAUAACCUUCUCGCGAGAAUUGCUUUCCUUAAAGGGUGUCCUUGCGAAGUCCUCAAUGGGGUACUGGGACCUUCCAGAGGGUACAGACUGUGUCGAAAAAACAUGGAUCACCACCAAACUUGGCACGGCUUUGGGCCUGGUUGGUUCAGCCUAUCACAUAGUGGCAUUCCAGCCUGAUUCUGCAUUGGCAGCACUACAGAGGGCCACCAAUACAACUGUUACCAUGGCCUCCAUGGGAGCCAUCUUCGGCAUGGCGACGUGUCUCAGUGCUCAGGCUCGUGAAACCCCAGAUGACCCACUGAAUUACUUCAUCGGGGGCUGUGCCUCUGGGCUCUUCUUGGGAGCCAGAACUCAUAGUGCUAUGACCGGUACAUCAGCGUGUCUGGGUCUGGGUACACUGGCCUUCUUCACAAAAGUUGGCAAAAUGGAGGGAUGGAAGCUGGCUGGACCCCCCAAACUAUGAGGAGGAAGAUUGUUGUAAGAUUUACUGUAUGUUCAUUCAUGUAAUAAAGUUGUUGUGAAAAUGACAAAAUAAACUCAGUUCACCUGAUUUAAUCCCA